AUGUUCACUAACUCAAACCCUCAGCGUGUCGAUGCUGUUCUACCCAUAACAGCACUUCGGACCUUUGACUGGAAUAAGCACCAUUUUGUGUUCCAAGGCCAGGGUCCUUAUUUUCGCGUCAUUGAUGAUCGGACAGGGAAUAUUUCCGCUCAAGUCCAGGUUUUUCGACGAAACAAUGUGCAUGGCUUUAUCAUUCUCCCAGGAAGUGAAGCAGGCCAUGUAAAAGUCAUUGUUUGGGGUGGACAUUCUUUGCGAGUAGUAGAGCUUCACCUGAUAUCUGAAAAUGAUACGUUUCUACUCCUAUCCAGUGCCGAGUUCCUCGCCCCAGACUGGAUUAAGAACGGAUGUUGUGCUACCGAAGAUCGGCCUGACACGACAUACUUUGUUACUGCAAAUAAUGCACUACUCAGUGUGAAGCUUGUCAAAAGCAUAUCUCAUAAUCGCUUGGACAUUAAAGUCUACCAACUGACAACAAGUGUCAAGUCUAUCUUGUUCUCGGCAGACCUGGUUGCGCUUUCUGCCUCUCAUGUGCUCGUUGCCUCCGGAACGGUAUUUGGGGAAAUCAUCGUCUGGUCUUGCUUCAUCGAUGAUAGUCAAACAUCUAAGGUUGAAGCUGUCGGAUCUAUUCAUCAUUUCUUCACCGGCCACGACGGAUCCAUCUACGGCGUACGCAUCUCACCAAAGAUCUCAUCUCUAAAGGGGGGUCAGUCUGGCAGGCUAUUGGCAAGUUGUAGUGACGAUAGAACUGUCAGAAUUUGGGACAUAUCCGACUGUGAGUAUAAAAUGGCCAAGGACCAGUCUCCAUAUUCAACAGAUGGCUUCGAGCUUCACAGCACUGGGUUUGGCGCCGGGUUUGGCGCCGGCACGGCCGAGGACUCGGGACUUAGAUCAGAGUCAUGUCUCGCAAAGGCCUUCGGACAUUCUGCUCGGAUCUGGGAUGUACAUUUUCGACCGGUUAAAAAUGACUCGUGCACGAUGGGCCUGGUCACUCGUGGCGAAGAUUGUAAUUGCGUGCUGUGGGAUCUGAAGUGGGAGCCAUCCAACCCGACAAAAUACCAGCUGCACAACAUUUCCACUUUUAACCGUCAUUCUGGAAAGCAUAUUUGGUCUUUGGCUCUGCGUAGCGGUGACCAGGAAACAACUGUUUAUACUGGAGGCGCUGAUGGAGCAUUGAGAAGUUUCAAGAUCAACGAAGCUGAGUGCUCAUCAUCACCUCAGAGUACCACGCUCAAUAAAAAGCACGUGAGAUUUAAAGGAACAAAAGAUUUUGCUUUCUUUGCCCCGGGCUACCUCAUUGCCGGCUCUGCUCAGGGCGAGUUGACGAUUGGGAAAGUGAUUCCAGAAACUGAGAGUAGUGUCACAUGGGAAACACUGUGCAUCGAAGAUGACCUCCGCUCUUACAUCUUAAUCACUGGAAUUCCUCAAAAGAGACUGGCGUUGAUAGGUAAUUCCAAAGGCCAGAUUCGAUUGUACAACCAAAGCACGAAAUCGGUCUCCGAUCUGGUCGACCUCGGUGCACGUGCCAUCGGUCUGUUUGCCCUAGAAAGCAAUCCAGCUCACCCCGACCAAAUUAUAUUUCUCGCAUCCUACCCGAAAGACGAUAUGGCGGCAUUGGUGGUUGUGUCAAGCUGGGAGAGCAGCUGUUCGAAGGUUGAGAUCUUCAACUUUAAUCUUCCACAGGCACCAUGUGGUAUAUCUUGUGCAUCAUUAGUCUGCAACGGCGAAUAUUUGAUCAUUGGAUCGCAAACGGGUGGCCUAGCUGUGUACCGAGUCACAGGUCUCGGGCUCUCUUCCCAGCCUCUCAUGGUGGACCGACGUCUACACGGCUCGAAGAGCGUCAAUCAUAUUCUAGCUGUACCGAGAGGUGCGGAGGAAAUUGAUAGCAACUCAGAAUACGUUUUGACAUGCGGACGUGAUGGGAACUUUUGUGUUCAUGAGUUGAAAGCAUGCGAUCGAGACAAAUCUAUCUCGUUCAAAACAAUACAUCGAACCACUUCUAGCCUGGGUGGAAAUAUUGAAGGGGGCUAUUUUGACGAGGUGACGGGUGACCUGAUGCUGUACGGAUUCAGAUCUCAGGAUUUUGUCCUCCGAAACGAGUCCAAGCAAACUGAUAUAACCACCGUUCCCUCGGGAGGCUUCCGCAGGCUCUGGGCCUUUCAGCCUAACACGAAAAACAGCAAGGAUGCUCUAUUUGUGUGGAAUGAAGUAACUCAUGUAAAGUCUCUUUGCAUUCGAACAGACCUUGGUCGCACUCUUCGUGCUGGAGGUCAUGGCCGAGAAAUUAAAACAAUGGAUUGCCUGAACAGUUCUCAGGCAAUGCAGAGGCUUUUUGUCACGGGAGCGGAAGAUAAUACCGUUCGAAUAUUUGCAUCAUCAAGCCAAGCGAGCAUAGGACCGUGGGGCUCUUUUGAGUCCCAGCGGGUUUUGGACACGCACAGAUCCGGAAUUCAGCAAGUCAAAUGGUCGCAAGAUGGCGAUUUCUUGUUUACAAGUGCUGCAUAUGAGGAGUUCUUUGUCUGGGGAGUGCGCUCGAUUCCUUCUUUCGGCCUUGCAACUGUGUUGGUAGCUGCUAGUCCGAAGGACGACUCAACCUCUGAACUUAGGACGACAAGCUUUGAUAUUCUGGAAGUGGAGGAUAUUGGUACUGCGAGAGGGUUUCUGAUUUGUCUGACCUUCUCUAAUUCCACAAUCAAGAUAUUCCAUUUCUCGCCAGCUGAUGGCAACCGAUUCACCCUCCUGGCCAGAGGAGCUUACAUGACCAACUGUCUGACACAAGCACACUUUCUUAUGAAAGGCUCCUCUUUACAUCUUAUUACUGCAGCUACGGAUGGCUACUUUACUCUUUGGGACCUGACCAACGCCCUUGAACCAUUUUACGCGAUUACCCCCUCUGCACUAAAGCUCAAACAGCCAUUUGGGAGCUCCCAGACUUCCCCGCAGAUAAUCAACUGCGAAAGCAGGUAUCAAAUCCAUUCGAACAGCAUCAAAGCUUUGGAGUUGGUCCCUCUAUCCGAAACAGCCACUGUGAUUCUGGCUGGCGGAGAUGACAAUUCUUGCUCGGUAUCUCUUUUGGAGACACAAACAGGUACAAUUGCAUCUGUAUCCACCGUUUCAAUCCCAGACGCACACGCAGCCUCAGUCACAACACUCAAAGUCCUCGAUCAGAGACUAAUCAGGUCACCGGGGACUGAAACUGAAAUCACGAAACUCAAAGUGGCUUCCUCGGGUAAUGACCAUCGUGUCAAAAUUUGGUCGAUCACCGUGGACCCCUCAAAACCUGACAUAUAUGGAAUUACUGUGACAUUGCUGUUGGACAUGUAUAGCGCGGUGGCUGAUAUAUCAUCCUUGGACUCAAUCCAGGUGCUCGCUCAAGACAAACCCGAGUCCAAUGAAUUGCCGAUUAAGUUGCUCGUUUGCGGUGUUGGAAUGGAGAUAUUUCAAUUACGCUUCAAUAACUUGCCUGAAUUAUGA